AAGAUGACAGGAAAAGCAGGCCACAACCCGGAUAAGCGGAACCUCAGCAAGAGUAUACUGCAGAUGAAGUUUAUGUCACGGUCCAACGGGGACGAUGAGUUGAACGCAGCCAGCAGUAACAGGGACACACAGUGGAUUGUAGACUCCGGAGGGGUUCCCGAGAGAAAUAUCAUUAUUGACGAGAGUUACAUGAAACUAGAGGAUCUCUGUGAGAUUGGGAGAAUCACUUCAAAACAGUUUAACCCUUACAUCGAGAAACUACUUGCUGAGAAGAAUCGCCUGAAAAAUUCAGAUGACAAAUCAGAGGAGGAGGUUGAAGAGAUGGAUGGAGUGACAGCUUCUGAAAUGAGCUCCAGGUACAACAGUCUGGUAUCCAACAAUAAGAAGAGAGCUCCUGGACUAGGAGAGGACUCUUCCGACGAGGAGGAACUUGUGGAGACAAACAAGGAGAGAAGGAAGUUCCUGAAACCUGCUUAAUUAGAAACUCAAUUAGGAUUAGAUUUAAUUCAAGAGCAGCUCAAUGGGUGGUUAUUUGUGGAGGAAGAGUGUUUUAAAGUUUUUAUUGCUUCAGAGUUUUACUCGCCGAUUAUGAUCUUUUUUAGUAUAUUUUUUAAUUUUUUGACGUUUACUUUAAUGGUUUCUGUCCGAGCUAAGAAAAAGUGUGGGUUUUAUCAUUUGUUUUAUCCACUACACCCCACUAUUAGUAACUGUGCGAAUAGAUAGUACGAGGAUUUAAUUUAAAACUGCAAUGAUUUAUUUCAUUAUGCUAAUCAAGUAGCUCGAACCGAGGACCGUUAACUUUGCUCUCUUAUUUUAACUAAUAACUACCGUCGUGAUUUAUUUAUUAAUUUAUUUGGUAAAUUAAUAAACCACUGCAGAAAUCACAACAGCAUGGCUAAAUUGGUGCAGCUUUACCAACAUUUUGUACAAUGUUGAACUUUUUAAACUGGGAUGACUGUACCUUGUGAAAAUGUGUUUAAAUAUAGUUUAUAUAUAGUAUGGAAAUAAUUUUAAUGUUUCCGUCGUUCUGUCAAAUGGUCACUUAAAUUAUCAAACUAUAAAACUAGUGUUGCUUGCACCACUAUUUGCCGGGAAUAUCUGCACGCUUUACUUACUACUAAUUAUGCUACUUUCACAAGGUAUUAGUUAAGAUUAAUUUAUUAACAAGA